AUGUCUGAAAGGAAUUGCGAUGUUCAAAAUAACAGUAAUAAGCAAAACAAUUGUGAAGCGAAACCUGAAAAUGGAAAUAAAACUAGUAAUGAUUUUGAUUGUAAAACAAAAGUGUGUGAAAAACCCUUAGCUCUGGAUGAUGUUCUUACAAAUGAACUAGGUCAGUUUGGAUGGUUCCAGAUGAGGAACAUUCUCUUGGCAGCUUUGCCUAUUAUGAUUUGUGGUCUGGGACACGAGUAUAUAUUCUCAGCAGCUGUUACACCGCACAGAUGUCGGAUACCGGAAUGUGGUGAAACGGAAAAAUUACACGAAUAUCAUCCUAAAUGGAUAAAAAAUGCGAUACCAGGAACUGGUUCAGGGUUUGCCAGCUGUGAAAGGUACGCUCCUGUAGACCUUGGCUUUAAUGGAACCUUGGAAUCUUGUCCCGAAAAUCUGUUCAAUAAGUCUGUGACUAUUGCUUGCGAUGGUUUUGUGUACGCCAAGGAUAACACAGUCGUACAAGAAUUUGACCUUGGAUGUCAAGAAUGGUUACGGGCACUAGCGGGCACUUUGUACAACAUCGGGACAGUCUUUGUGCUGCCCAUCACCGGUUAUAUCUCGGACCGCUAUGGCCGAAGGAUAGCCUUAAUAGUGAACAUCUUCAAUGUGGGUCUUUUUGGCUUUAUCAGAUCUUUUUCUGUCAAUUACACAAUGUACUUGGCUUUUCAAAUUUUACAGACUACUCUUGGGUCUGGUGCCUAUAGCGCUGCUUAUAUCUUUGUUACUGAACUCGUUGGGCCAAAUUACCGAGUUCUUACGAGCGCUACUUCAAUUUCAUUGUUUGCGAUAGGAGAAAUUAUACUCGGCAGCGUGGCUUGGCUGAUCUCACCGUGGCGUUACAUGCUCAUGGCUAUAAAUAUUCCAUGCUUCUUCAUCGUCUCAUAUUACUGGCUAUCGACAGAGAGUGUACGAUGGCUGCUUUCAAAAAAGAAGUACAAGGAGGCAAAGGAAAUAUUGUUUACAGUGGCGAGGGUAAAUAAGACACAUAUCAGUGAAAAGUCUCUGGAUGCACUUAUGAAUCCCCCGCGACCUUUCGCUCCGGCUGCACUCUGUGCUGGCGGUCCUGGUUUAAUUCGUACAGUCAUGCGUUCUCCAGUUUUACUCAGAAGAGUGUGCACGGUACCAGUUUGGUGGAUCACUACAACCUUUAUCUUCUACGGACUCUCCAUCAACUCCACCGGUCUCUCUGACACCAUCUACCUGAACUACAUCUUGACUUGUGCCAUCGAGAUUCCGGGCUACUUUACAGCUGCUCUAGUUUUAGACAGAAUCGGAAGAAAAGCCACCGUGUCUUCAGGUUUCAUCUUUAGUGCUGCGUGCAACUUAGUUUUUAUCUUUGUUCCCCCAGAUUUCACCAUUCCACGGCUGAUUGUGUAUUUGCUUGGAAAGUUCGGCAUAUCGGCGGUGGCGGCAUCUGUGUAUUUGUACACAUCAGAGCUGUAUCCCACUGAGUUCAGACAUACUUUACUUGCAUUCUCUUCCACGAUUGGUCGGAUCGGGUCUAUCACAGCACCUCUCACACCAGUACUUAUGAACUAUUGGCAUGGCAUCCCAUCUUUGCUGUUUGGUAGCAUGGGUAUCAUCGCUGGUCUCCUCGUACUCACGCAGCCAGAGACCCUCGGCUGCAAGAUGCCUGACACUCUAGCUGAAGCGGAAGCUAUUGCAAAUCCAGAGUCCAAAAAUAAUAUUAGCCUAGUUGAUAUUUGA